CGUGCCACAAACAACUGUUGAGUCUCCUCUGAACUCUCUGGGUUUAUCUCGGACUGGGAUAUCAUACAGUGUCUACCUUACAUGUACUUGUUAUGGUCACCUUUGUGACAUGGAAUGAAAAGGGAAUAAAUGGAGACAGAAACUCCCAGUCCAGUGCAGUUGGAAACAUUGCUAUGGACUGUACAUGUACAUGUCCCACCUCCUCCCUAUAUCCAUUUUCAAAUCACCAACAUGUCAACCCCUGUACUCACUCACACUGCCCUCACUCACACUGUCCUCAAUCACACUGCCUUCACUGCAGUUGCACACAGGAUCCCGCGGCUAAGGGGGUUUGCGCCAUCCCAACCGACGCAGGCUGGGAUGAGGAAGGGGUUUUCUCUCUCUUUCUUCUUUUAUUUUAGCGGGAGAUAUAUAUUUAUAUAUAUAUUUGUAGAUCGUGCUCCAAAUCCUGGCGCCCAGAUCCGGGUCUUGCAUGCCGCUCUGAUUCCAGGGGGGAGCAAUUUGCUGGUCAACCAGCAAAUAUUCGCAUCGCUUCUCGCGCGCGCCCCAGGUUUAACUAUUGCUGGGCAAUGGAGAGGGAACCUUUCCGUCAUGCUGUUGGUGUGACAGCAACAGCUCAAAAAAUCACUCUUAAAUCAUCCACGUUUUAUAUUUCUCCAUGCCGGAUACCGUCUGCUGCUUUUGGCUUUUUGCAAGCGUUUUCUCAGCCGUGAAAUGCGGCUUUGCGAACUGGACUUUCAUCAAGUAUCAACAACAUCUACAUGAUCCUGUCGAAAUGCCUCUAAGUUCUGGCGAGCUAUCUAUAUACUCUCUGGAGUUCCUGUCCGCUUCCUGUUUAUCUAGCUUUUUUCCAGAGUAUUGCCUGUUGCGGACAAUACUUUUUUUUAAUUUGCCCUUCCUCCAUUCUUUCUUUUUGCUUCAGGAUAAUGUUGCUGAAGCACAUCGUUUUCACCAUAUGCGGGGUACGUGAAUGUGGUUACCUGCAUAAACAUGUACAGAAGAUCCAAAACUACCUGGCUUGCUGAUUGUUGAGCAUAUCAAAAUACUGGCUUGGUUCCUUUUGGGCAAGGUAAUUAAUUGUAUUGGGCCAAUAAAUCAAGCUCAUCCAGCUUGAUUUUGAAAUAUCUUGAUAAUUUACCUCCAGGUAUAAUUGAAUGGGAAGUGGAAGGUUAGAAUCUACAUGAACACCAGAAUUGCUGUGUUAUGCAGUAAAUUUGUCUGUGAAUGUGUUUAUUCUUAUAAUUGAAUAUCUGUUCACACAAAUUUCUUCAUUCUUUGUUAGAAUGCAUUCAGUCACUGAUUCCUUCUUUUGUGUUCUAACUGUCAUCUUCUUUUCCUCUCUUCAAUCAUUGUCAUAACUGUUCAUCUGAGUCUUCUUUCUGUGUCUAUAUCAUAUUCCCACCUGAACUUCCUUAGCUUUCAAGCUGGUUUUUCAACAAUACCUCUACUUGCAAAUAAAUAAGUGAUCACCAUGAAUGAACAAAUUCCUCUCAUAGUCCUCGAUUCUGAUGAUGAAGAUGACAUUCAAAUCACCAGUGUUUCUGUGUGUGCUAAAAACAGAAUCAACUCGGAUCCAAGAUGCUCCCAAGGAGUCUCUAACUCCAGCAACUACCAGCAGAUAGGCAGUUCUUCCGCUGCGAAUGGCGUGGAUGGCCAGCAAGUAACGGCAACUGGACAAACUCAAGGCGUUGCCCAUCUGCUCUACCCAAGCACGGCAGAAUGGCUUCCUCAAUCUACUACCAUUUCCAUCGAGCGCAGCCCUUACUUUCCGUUGCCCUCCCCGACGAUCUCCCUUUCGGUUUCAGGAAAUGCCAGUGAAAAUAAUCAGGCCUCUUCUCCAUAUCCAGCGCGUGCCCUUGCAGAAUCCAUUGCAUCUCCCAGACAUGAAAAAAAAGCUCAACAGGUGGUUUCAUCCGGUUUACCGUUUACGAAACAGUUCUUUACGGACAUGGCGGAUGCCAUAGCACAUGUUUUUCCCUAUGGCGAAUUGGCGCGCAAGUACAAAUGCAGCGUCGGCCAGGUAAAUCGUGCUUUAAUUGCCGUUGUGCUGGAUCCGUUGAUGAAGAGAAAUGGGGGACUAGUGAGUUGCCCAGACAGCAACGGGCAGGAAGGGGAGCAGGAGGAACGUGGGCAGACUCCUGUGCAAGAGACAUGGAAUUCUCCCAAUGUUCUGAUAAACAAGUGGAACAAACGGCAUCAAGAAGAAAUGGUGUCUGUGCUGCAGAGAGAAAGCGAAGGGAAUGGUCUGCCAUUCGAAUUCGAUCAGAAUCUCGUUGCGGCAUCGGGGAACGCGGAAGCUUAUUGGAAAGCGAGGAACGCUGCGUUUGAUGUUCAUAAAACCUUUCAGGAUGCAAGGCAGAAAGGGAGGGCUGAGGAAGGGUCGGCAGAGCAGGAAUCGGGACAUAAAAAUCUACAACAGCAGUUGGAGGAUGUGGUAGAAGCUGGAGAGCCAGAAAGUCAAUUUCCUCAGGCUGAGAUUGAGACGGCAGCUGGAGCGACUCUUUCGCUGCAAGAGAAGGAAGUCCCAGAGGACGGAUCUAGUGCAUCUAGUCGUAAGCGCGCAAGGAGUUCAUCGGAAACUGUCGACGGAAAGGCUGCUCCGGCUCAUGGUAGGGACAGCAGCCCAUCUACAGCGACCUCGCCCGUGCUCUACCAACUAUAUUCACCUCCCCCAUCGAAGAAAGCAAAAACAAUAACAUACCAAUCGACCCCCACCCAGACAUCGCCGGAAGAAUCCGUCGGCUUGACGCCUAGCUUGCACCAUCCCAAUCCUAAACGUCCAGUGGCCACCGACGGGUCGUCUGACACAUACAUACUCAACAAAUUCCCCUAUAGCCGGAGAAAUAAUACAGACGACCAUCCUCCUCCAACCCCUUCCCCACCCUCAUCCGCUUCCUCGACUGGAUCGUCACAAUCUCCAACCGCCCAAACCCCAACACCACUCCCCAGAUCUAGAUCUCUCCCCAACAGCCACACCACCAUCACCACCACCAACAGCCUACUCCCCAAUCCCAAAACCUCCACCCCUCGACCAAACCUCUUCACCCGCUCCACGCACCGCCACGCAGUCACGAUCGAUAAAUUCGGCAACUACCAGCGCGAAAACCAGAACCGGCAAAAGAACCAGUACUCACCUCCAUCCUCAUAUAAGAGGGAUAACACCCUCCUCCCCCGCCCCGAUGACCUCCUUCGUAGACCACCCGCCAGGACUCAGCGCGAACCGACGGAUAGCGGUGACGAAUGGGACGUUUAUGACCCGUACUAUCACGCAGGGGCUGAUGAGACGACAAGAGUGUUUACGGAGGGGUUGUGGGGGGAGUUGCUUGGGAGGUUUGGGAUGGAGAAGGGGCAGGGCAGGCGAGAAAAAGGAAGAGAGCGGGAGUUAAUGGGCUUGGAGUUUGGGCUGGCGCAGAUUGAGGUGAGCGGGAAGGGGAAGGGGGGGAUGCUUGGUGUUUUUGGUGGGGAUGUGAGUGGGAAAGGCAAAGCUGUUGAGGUGAGAGGGGGGAGCCGGGGGGAUGGGGAGGGGGAGAACGAGGAUGGGGAUGGGGAUGAUGAUUAUGAUGAUUAGAAUGCUGCUGGAGAAGGGCAUGGGAGGUGGGAGAGCGCGUGAGGCGGAAAAUUGAGACGGGAAGAUCGUGGGAUGAAUAGACUGUGGGGAUGCACCGUGGGCUGUAGCUGCUGAGUGUUCAGGUUUGUGGUCCUCUAGAGCGACCUCAGGCCUAUAGGUAUAUGUUUCUUCCUACUCUGGGAUACGAAUUAAGAUGUGCCCUGGAUUUAUCGAGCUUGUUUUACUAGGCACCUACUUACCUGUGUGGGUAGAGUUGUUAUGUGAAAAUACGGACACGGAAAUGAUUGAGUUGCGAAUGAACAUGUUGUGAAGUUACCUGGAGCAGUUAAUAGAAAUAAAAAGAUCUGACAACCUGGCUUUCCCCCCUGAUCUAUGAAUUUCUGAAAUGGUAU